UGGCAGUAGCUGUAGAUGCGCAGCAGGAGACAGCAGCGCGCAGACCACCAGACACAGAGUCCGCGAGAGAGCGCGCAAUGCCUCGCGUCUAGCAGUUGUUUUCUCUUUAUUUCACGUUUCUCGGGCGACGGAAGAGUAAAAGAAACCGAGGACUCUGCCUCGGUGGAUAUCCGAGAUGGCGCGAUCAUGGACAGUUGAUCUGUUUGUGGGAUUUGUGCUAGUUUUGCAUGCUCUGGGAAGUGUUUUCCAGAUCACCCGAGGAGAACUAACGGCGGAAGGAGCUGCUUAUUCAAUUCUUCGGGGAUGGUCACAUGAUGAUGAUGUCACAGUGGAGCUUUUGAGAAGGAGGCGAUGGCUUCUUCUGGAGCCCCUUUCAAUGGAAAGUAACAAAGCCAGUCAAGACAGUCUAAAGCCUGAGUCUCCGGAUUCAACCGGAAUACUACCUGAUGAUGAGGCAGACAACAGCUCUCAAAUAAUGGAGGACACAGAUCAUAAUUACUACACCUCAAAGACAUACGGCUCCAAUGACCCUAUGAGCAAAGAAUUAUGGGUAAACAUCGAUCAGAUGGAUAAAGGCAAAGUGAAGAUUCAUGGCAUCCUCUCCAAUACACACAGACAAGCCGCGAGGGUUAACCUCUCCUUUGAUUUUCCAUUUUACGGGCAUGCUUUGCGAGAGAUUACAGUUGCAACAGGCGGGUUCAUCUACACAGGUGAUGUGGUACACAGAAUGUUGACAGCCACACAGUACAUCGCUCCACUCAUGGCAAACUUUGACCCCAGCCUUUCCAGAAACUCAACUGUCAUUUACUUUGACAAUGGAACUGCAUUGGUUGUUCAGUGGGAUCACGUCCAUCUCCAGGAUUCUUAUCAUCAAGGAAGUUUCACUUUUCAGGCCACAUUACACAUGGACGGGCGAAUUGUCUUUUCCUACAAAGAGGUCCCAGUACAGAUCGCAAAGAUCAGCUCUGUCAAUCAUCCGGUAAAAGUUGGGAUGUCUGAUGCCUUUGUGGUGGUCCACAAGAUUCAGCAGAUCCCCAAUGUUCGGAGGAAGACUAUCUAUGAGUAUCACCGAGUGGAGUUGCUCAAGACCAAAAUUACUAACAACACAGCUGUGGAAAUGAUGCCACUACCCACAUGCCUUCAAUUCACAAGCUGCUCCUCGUGCGUAGAAUCACAGAUUAACUUCAACUGCAGCUGGUGUCAUCGGCUCAAUAGAUGUUCCAGUGGCUUUGAUCGCCAUCGACAGGACUGGGUGGAUAACAGUUGUCCAAAUGAGACAAAGGAUAAUACCUGUGACAUCAUCAACAAUACUAAUCUUCAGACCACUGCGUCGUUUGCCAAGAUGACAACUAGAAACAGAGGAACUACUGAGAGUCACUCUACCCAAGCCACAUCUCACAUGCCCACCAGCAUACCUACAGAAGAUGACACCAAGAUUGCAUUACAUCUUAAAGACAAUGGAGCUUCUGCAGCUAAAAGCACGGCAGAGAACGGCACACAUUCACUGCAUAUGGGCCUGAUUCUCGGCAUGGUCAUGCUUCUGCUUGUGAUGGUCGUCAUCGUUCUGGUGACCGUCUACAUCUACCAUCACCCGAGCUCUGCUGCGGGACUCUUUUUCAUUGAGAGACGUCCCAGCCGAUGGCCUGCCAUGAAGUUCCGGCGGGGUUCAGGUCAUCCUGCAUACGCAGAAGUAGAGCCUAUCGGUCAGGAAAAAGAAGGUUUUAUUGAGUCAGAGCAGUGCUAAGGUGUGACAUUUGAAUUCUUAAAUCACACACUGCCCGAGAACCUUUCUGAAAUCCACACUAAAUCUUGAACAAAAAAGUUCAACCAGCCCUUCAAAUGCAUAACAAUGACGAAGCUGAAAACAAUGAGGCUAUGGCAUUUGAACGGCAGAGGCAUCCAAACAUUGAAACGCUCGGAUCCAGCUAUCAACACUCAAUAUGACAUGACUCAUAUCCACAUCCAGAGGAAAGGUAUUAAUCAGCUAGAUUGGUUACAAGCCCCAAAAGUUCUGUAAACACUGCUUGGGUCCUGACAAGACAGAAGAGCGGCUCUUUAAACCCUGAUUGUACUGGAUGAGACUUUGGAUUCUCUUAUUUGAACGGCCUGUCAAAGAUUUACAUUUAUGUAUUUGGCAGACGCUCUUAUCCAAAGUGACUUACAUUGCAUUAUACUAUACAUUGUAUCUGAAUAAAGUCACAUGCAAUCCCCUGGGAAUGAACCCAUGACCUUGGCAUUGCUAGCAACAUGCUCUAACCACUGAACCACAGGAAGGCUAAAGUUGACUUGUUCAUUCUUUUUAUUACAGUUUAUGGACAUUUUUGUUCAAAUUGCCUAAUGAAAAUGUUAGCGAUUCAUUCAUUUAAUUCAUCUGUUGGAAAUCUUAUACCUUUAUAUAUAUUUUAAGGGUUAUUAGGCUUUUAUUUUCGUUCAUCUUUCUUUUCUAUCAUUUUCUUGACCAUUAUAUGUUUAAUGAAAGAGACCGUACUGUGUUUCCUCUUCAGUGUGUAUUUCUCUGAAAACACAUUGGACAGACAUUCACACUGUUUGGAUUAAGUAGGAAAAUGUUCUUUGAAAAGUACUGAAUACUAUGUGUCCAUGCAUAUUCAAUUUACACACGUUUAUAGUUUUCAAUUCAAUUUAUGUUGCUGAUGCAAAUUAGACAUGACAGCCACUUGUAAGAUGUACCUAUGUGUGUGCAAGUGUACUGCUGACAUUUAUUUGAGUUACAAUGUCAGUUAUAUUUCAUAUGGUGUAGCACGUAUUUCCAUACUGCUGAAAUACAUGUAAUGAAUUCAUUUAAAGUCAAUGCCAAGGAUAUGACUCAUUAUUCUAGAAGAGUAGUGCAUAUCACAUGCAAUUCAAAUGGUUCCGUAAUAAUGUGGCACUGUUUUGAUUUUGAAGGAUAUUAACAUUUAUCAUUAUAAAUCUCAUUAUGGUACUUCAAUAUCCUUUUACAUGUGUUAUACACACAUACAUUGGCGUAAUCAUAAGAAAAGUAUUCAGCACCAACCUUACCCAAACACACCCAGAACUUCCCUUCGUCUAUUAACCAUAAAUCACAGAUUAUUCUAGAGCGGUUGCAAAAUAAUGAUAAGGCCUACUUGGAAUUUUAUAUUUAAUAUUGUGCUGCUGUUUGGUACUAUGGUUUAAUGACAUUUACAUGGAUAAAUGUCAUAUUACAUAUAUGGUUUAGUGACAUUUAAAACUGGCAUGUGGCGUUUAAACUAAACAUCCCAAAUCUCCUUAAUGACGUACAACUAGUUAAGAACCACAAAAGAUAUUUGCUUCUUUUUUUAUCGUUUCAACAAGUCUAUGCAUAGAAUGUUUCUUUUUAAAGUUAAUUUGUCAUUUUUAUUGGUUUAAUGGUUUUCAAAAUCUAUAUCGUUUCAAAGUUACAGUCUUCUUAUUAUCCUCAUAACAUGGUUCUGAAUUGGAUUGUAUCGCUUUCUUCACUGGAAUAACCUGAUUUUUUUAGCGGAUGUAACCUGAAUGUGUGUGUGUGUGUGUGUGUGUGUGUAUGUAUGUACCUGUGUGUGAUAUUGGUUUUAUCUGAAUGUGUUUGAGUGCUGAUGUGAGUUAUAAACUAAAGUUUAUUUGUGAGAUCAUCUCAAAAUGUUUGAUGAGCAGUAACAGUUUUAGUUUCUGUGCUUUGUAAAUUGGAGAGAACAAAACCCAUGUUAGUGACCUGAAGUUUUAUAAUCAUAUUAGUCUUGUUGUGCCACACAUUGAGAGACAGUGAAAUACACAAAGCUGUAAUCUGCGUACUCUUGUGUUACUACUGUCAUUUUGAUUACAUAAUAAAGUUUAAAUAAUAAAGCUGUUUAAACCGAU